AAAAAACGCAGCAAUGAGUUGAAACAUGAAAAUAAUUUAAAUUAAAGUGAUUUAGACUUAAAUUAGGUGACCAUUACUUCCGUUUGACGUUGGGAGGUGUGACGAUGGAAGAGCGCGUGUGCUCCUCGAGAUCUCCUCAGACACUCCUCAGAUGACAGCUGCUGUCAGGAGAAAGAGGAGGAUUCAUAAUCUUCUUCAUCAUGAGCUGGUCAGGAAACGACCACAAGAGCUACACGAACCCGACCUCAGCCGCCACUAAACGGCCAAGAAACGACAACGGGAACAAAGUGACGGUCGUGUUGGGAGCGCAAUGGGGAGAUGAAGGCAAAGGAAAAGUUGUCGAUUUACUGGCUACAGAGUCUGACAUUGUGUGCAGGUGUCAGGGUGGAAAUAAUGCAGGUCACACUGUGGUGGUGGAUGAGAAGGAAUAUGACUUUCAUCUUCUCCCCAGUGGAAUCAUCAGCACGAAAUGCACAUCAUUCAUUGGUAAUGGUGUCGUGAUUCACCUUCCAGGAUUAUUUGAGGAGAUUGACAAGAAUGAGAAGAAAGGUCUGAGAGGUUGGGAGAAAAGACUUGUCAUAUCUGAUCGAGCUCAUAUUGUGUUUGAUUUUCAUCAGGCGGUUGAUGGACUUCAGGAAGUUCAGAGACAAGCUCAAGAGGGCAAAAACAUAGGAACAACUAAGAAAGGCAUUGGACCCACUUAUGCAUGUAAAGCCUCUCGUACUGGACUUCGCAUUUGUGACCUAAUGGCAGAUUUCAAUGACUUUUCUACAAGAGUCAAACACCUGGUGAAGCAGUAUCAGUCCAUGUAUCCGACUCUUAAGGUGGAUGCUGAGAGUGAACUGAAGAAGCUAAAGGAGUAUGCAGAGAGGAUCAGACCUCUGGUCAGAGAUGGUGUCUAUUUCAUGUAUGAUGCAAUUCACGGAUCGCCAAAGAAAAUUCUGGUCGAGGGGGCCAACGCCGCUCUCCUGGACAUUGACUUCGGAACGUACCCGUUUGUGACAUCAUCCAACUGCACGGUGGGCGGCGUCUGCACGGGUCUCGGCAUCCCUCCCGCGAACAUAGGAGAGGUGUAUGGAGUGUCAAAAGCGUACACAACCCGAGUGGGAAUUGGGGCCUUUCCAACAGAACAACUCAAUGCUGUAGGUGAACUAUUGCAGACCAGAGGUCAUGAGGUGGGCGUGACUACAGGCCGAAAGAGACGCUGCGGUUGGCUGGAUUUGGUCAUCCUUAAAUAUGCACAUAUGAUCAACGGCUUCACUGCCAUUGCUUUGACUAAACUGGACAUUCUUGAUGUUUUGGAUGAAAUUAAAGUUGGUGUGGCCUAUAAGAUCAACGGCAAACGGAUUCCAUAUUUCCCAGCUAACUUGGAGGUCCUGCAGAAGGUAGAAGUGGAAUAUGAAACUUUUCCCGGAUGGAAGACGGACACUUCAGCCACCAGGAAGUGGAACGAUCUUCCUCCUAAAGCUCAGAACUACAUUCGCUUUGUGGAGAAUCACAUCAGCGUUCCUAUUAAGUGGGUUGGUGUUGGGAAAUCCAGAGAAAGUAUGAUACAGAUGUUCUAGAGACCAUAAGACAUCACUUCAGCAGUCUGACCACAUCGUGUUUCCUGACAAAUAAAUUCACUUCAAGACGCACAUCUUCCAGUUCUGUCCAUCUGCAGAUGACCAGCGCACUGGGUCUCCUGGUUUACUGACUGCUCAUUUAAAGUCUUUAAUAAAUAAUAAACUUGGUAUUUAUAUUCAGGCAUUAAUAUUGUGUAUCUGUCAACUAUAUUUUAUUGAUUAUUGAUUGAUUGUGUUUGAUCAACAGAAGAAAGCUUUAUAUAACUGUUUGAAGUUCUUGUUUAUUACAGUGGUAUUACAUUGUG